AUGGCACCGUGGCAGUACCUGCAGAACCCUCCUCGAUGCGUCGGGGAAGACAAGGCGUGCUUUCUUGCGAUGGUCAUAUGGUGGACAUCCCCCGAGUACGCCCGGAAGCACGAGGAGGGCAAGCAGAAGCGUUUAGAGAUGGGAGGUGGAUCACAUGUCCUGGGCAGCAAGAACUUGGCCCUUACCUUGCAGCAAGAGGAAGUGAAGACAGGCGUGACACCAAACUUGUUUGGCCUUUUCCAAAAGUCCAAGACCAGGAGGGAGCCGCAUCCUGAAACGGGGUCCGUGUGGGUCAACGGGCUAGCGGAGGCCCAGUGUGGCGCGUACCGCUCGAAACUUUGA